AUGUCGCAGAAGCGCAAGCGUACAGCUGAAAAUGCGUUAGCGGUAUCUACUGGUGAGGUUCACCGAUCUGAGCCCAUCGAGGACCGUCAAUCGACCUUCAUAGGCUUCUUCUCUCCGGACGUACCUGCUAGAAACCUACAACGUAUCGCAGAAGUCAAGAGCGCCUCGCACAAGAUCCUGGCAUGGCGUAAAGAAGGCACCCAGCGAUCGCUGACUGGUAGCAUCGCGCAAUACGAUGUCGGCAACGACGAUGAUGGCGAGAAGAAUGGCGGCAAGGCAGUCCAAAGAGUGCUUGAUCAGAUAAAAGUCGUGGGCUCUUGCGUAGUAGCACGAUGGUAUGGUGGCAUUAUGCUUGGGCCGGUGAGGUUCACACAUAUGGAAGACUGUGCCAAGGGUGCGGUGCGGAAGUGGCAGGAGAGCAUUACUGAGGCUGCGACGAAGAAGCGCAAGCUUGAGGAUGAGACGGUGCAAGCUGGGAAGCUCGCGAGAUCACUUGAAGAACGAGAUCGCAGUAUAGGCGUGCUCAGGACCUUGGCUGCUGAAAAGGAGCAGAUGGUCAAAGACGCGCUUGUGUUAGGCAUGGAAGAGCUCGAUCAUGACGGUGUCGAGGCUGGAUCUAGUAAGGCUGAGCCUACGACCUUGGCGCCUGCGAAAGCAGAGGCCACUGUCUCGCCUGCAAAACCUGCCUUGGAUUACAGCAACAUGCCCAUCGAUCGUCUACGGGCACUUGACAAAGCUAGGGAUGCCACUCUGGCUUUCCUGCUCAAGCGUAUCGAGAAGGCUGAAGCUGAUCUGGCUGCACUUGGAGAAGCACGUUAUCGCAUUAUCGAUAAUCGAGUCCAUGUGCCGUAG